GGUAAUAUUAUACCGGGGUGUAACCUGUGGAUAUGAUUAAUAUGAUAAAACUUGUAGCUUCAGACAGGAUCUUUGCAGGUUUCUUCUUAAAGUUAGCGCAGCUUAUCCGCUCCAAGUCACUACGCCGUUCGAAAGUUGUGAAAACAUAACAAAGGCGGUCGGAGUUUCAGUAUAAUUAACGAUAACAUGGUAAAAUAAGAUAAUAAAAGAUUAAAGUGCACAUAACAUAUUCUGCACUACUUUAUGAGGGUUUCUUAAACGAUAGGACUUACAACUCGUGAUCAAAACGGCAGCAGAGAAUUAAUUAUCAUUUUGUACUUGACAGCCGUCUUCCGGCCGGUCGCAUUGUUUGGUUCGACGUGUGUUGUCAGCUGAUAAAUACGUGUACGGUCGCUAAUAAAAAUGUUUUAUGUAUGUUACAUACAAGUAUGAAGAUGUGCUUCGGAGGUACGUGUCAUGUAUGAGUUACGCAUGCGACUGUGAAGGCGUCCGGCGAAUGGUGUACGAUCAUUAAUUCUUCCUAUACCUCGGCUAUUAAUGUUGACGUACGAUUCUUUGUCUUUGCAUGAAUAUAUCCGGUCGGAGACUUAGUUACAUUUUCCAAUAUUCGACCCUGGUAAAACAUAACCUGUCUUUUUGUAAUUCCCUUGGCAAUCCAAUUAUCAAAAUCCAUUUAUCCAUGUGAGGGAUGUCGGUUUUCAGAAUUCUGAGAUCAUCACGGCACGCAAGGAGCUACUAUGAUCCUGCACACCACCAUGGUUUCCUAACAAAGACAAAUUUGGCAAAGUUUCGUUACAAACAGAUUAGAAAUAAUGCAUCUAGUCCCAGUUCCACCAGUAGUAAGACUAGGAUGUGGCAUUCUCUUACUAAACGAUGGGAAUGGACCAUCCCUGCUGGAGUCGGAAUAUCUAUACUUGCCAUUUUCCAGUGGAGACAUUUUUGGAGGCAUUCACAUGCCGAGAAAGAUCCCAGCACUCUCGGACCGAUUAAUGGGUUUAUGGUCGAUUGCUACUGCUGCCUUCCAUUGAGGAUAACCAGCAGAUUGUGGGGCUGGUUCGCGAGUAUUCCAGUUCCAUUAAUUUUACGGCCAACUUUUUAUGGACUUUAUGCCAAGGCCUUUCGUGCCAAUCUAGAAGAAAUUGAUUUGGAUCUCACCACGUUUCCCAAUCUAGUCGAGUUCUUUGUUAGACCUCUGAAAGAUGGUGUGCGACCCAUUGCUCAACAUGUUGACAUAGUUUCCCCCGCAGAUGGUAAGGUGCUGCACUUUGGACCUGUGACUUCUUGUCGCGUAGAACAAGUAAAAGGUGUAACCUAUAGUCUUCGACACUUUCUUGGCGAUCCGAAUUGGCCUCGAUCGACUACAAGCCUAGAGAAAAUUGAGAAUGACGACUGUAAAUACCUCAGAUCACUCUUGAAAAAUCCUACCAAUCAUCUCUAUCAAUUAAUCAUAUAUUUGGCACCUGGAGAUUAUCAUCGUUUUCACAGUCCUACCGACUGGCAGAUACGAUUUCGCAGACAUUUCCAAGGAAAACUGCUCAGUGUGAAUCCUCGAGUCGCUGGUUGGUUACCGAACUUAUUUUCCCUAAAUGAACGUGUAGUGUACAUCGGUGAAUGGGCUGGUGGUUUUAUGUCGUACGCAGCAGUCGGAGCGACAAAUGUUGGUUCAAUAAAAGUUUACUGUGAUCGAAACUUAGCAACAAAUACUAGAAAAUGGCCAAAGGAAAAGCGAUGCGAUGACGCUAGUUUGGGCUGCACCAAUAUGUCGAAGGGUCAGAUGCUCGGGGAAUUUAGGAUGGGAUCUACGAUCGUACUAUUAUUUGAAGCUCCGCCAGACCUUAAGUUUUCCCUUCGGCGGGGGCAAAGUAUUCAAAUGGGGCAACCGUUGAUUGAAUCUAAUCGUAUCAUUGAUGAACGACUGCAGUCAAUGACCAAAUAAAGAUCUUCAUUAUUAGCAGUAAGAAUUUAAACUCAAGUUAAACUGCAGUAUUGAUUUACACCGCUUUUUAACGUAGAUACCUUUAACAAUAAGAUAUCAUUUCGCAACGUAUGUAACAAACGAUCGGCUUAUUACUCUCAGAGUUACCUUGAUAUGACUGUAUAUAUGAUAAUAUGAUAUCAAUGUGCCAUUGCCUGUACAAAGAAAGACACGAAAAAAAUCGAUUUUUAAAUGAAAA